AUGCCAUGUGAGGAUUUAAGGCUGCGAGUACCGACGUGUUUUUGCUUUCCGAGUUUAUGUGUCUCUUCUAGGAUAUUUCACACCAUUGCCUACUACACUUCAAUUCAAACUAUUAUAAAUACCAAUGGGAAAUUGUAUAUUUGCUGGGAAAAAGCUCUUCAGUCAGUGCUACAACCAUCUUGGACAAAACGGGAAACCCUCACCAGAGUUCGACAGCUUGAUUGGAAAAGAGAACUUCAGGAGGACAAAGCCGUACGUUUGAAUUUUCCUAAAAUUUUAUGUUUUAGAUCUAAGGGAUCGCGAAACAUGAUAAAUGAGUACAUGUCCUGGGCCCUAAUUCAUAGUCAUUCACCUCUUGUCUUCGACGAUACUGUGUCUCACUCAUCGAUGUCUUCUCACUUUGAUGAAGCGAAUGCCCCCAUUUCUUCUAGCUGGAUCAGUGAUGGUGCGCAUAGUGAUGCCUCUCAUGUAUUGUAUAAAGAAUUAGAUCCGUUAAACAGAGCAGGUUCAGUAGAAUUGGAUAAAGAAAACUUGAAUUCCGCUGGUAAUAUGGCAUCUUAUAAAGAGGGAAAUUGGAUUACAGUAGCGGAACCUUCUGAUAGAAAAUAUGCCGCCUCAUCUUCAAUCAACCAUUAUGUAAUGCACCCUGAUGUUGGACGUACAUCAGCACUCGUGCACCGAGAUGAUAAGAAUGCUUUAAACACAUCCACUUUCACAUCAUUUGUCCGUCCUACUGUUUUGAGUCUUCGUUCUGCUCCUCAAACUACUUUACCGGUUGUGCCUAAAAUUGCUUCACCAAAAUCCAUCAAUUUCGAAUCACCAGACAUGGAUUCUGCAUUCGACCUAGCAUGGGAUCAUGAAAUGGAUAUCUCGAAUACAGAAAUUAGAAGACCGUUCAGCAAACAUACUCUUCAGCGUAAUAUUUCGCAUAACUUUGAUUACAGUAAUAACAGUGUUAAUAAUCUCGUCACUCGUAAUCUGAAUAACCAAUCUAGGCGAACACCACUGAAAGUAGAAAAUAUACAGGAUUCGAGUUGUAAUCAGACACAGUCAGUUGCUAUUCUUCCAAUACGAAGUGAUAACUACGAUCCUAUUGUAGAUGGACGAUGGAUACCGGGUGACAAGUUCUAUGGGAAUGUACGUAGCGCUACGAAGAAGCCCAUGUUCUCAGAAACAGCAAUUCCAUGUUCAAAUUUAAUCUUGUCACCAACUUAUACUAAUAAUGUUGACUGCGACCACAUCACCGGGAAAGUUAGAUCCGGACUAAUAUUUCCAGACAAUCUAGUUGAUUCUGGAUUUGUUGGUGGAGGUGGUAGCACAAUAAUAAGCAGUUUCUCAGAUUUUGAUGAUGAUGUCGGUGAUGUGGAUAAAGGCGGAUCAGGGGAGAACGUAGCCACAGGUCCGUCUACAGAACAUUUAAAUGACUUUCUAUGGGAGAAUGAAUUAUUUAAUUCUCAAACAUCAUUCAAACAUAAAGGUGUUCAUUGUCCAACAAAUGUAUGA